AUGGUCAUCGGCAAGGCAGCCGGGGUUCAAGCUACGAUACUGGAUGAGAUCAUGUACGGAGUGAGUGUGAAUAAAGGAAAUGAGGAGGAAUCAUUAAAAGAGACUGAGAGUUUGAACGUGCAUUGGCUGCAGAAACUCCAGGGGCUUUGCAUCCUAUGGGGAACCCAGAUAUCCAGUCGCACUGUCCACAUUCAUACCAGGCAACUGGCAUCGCUGCCACGGGGCCACCAGGAAAUUCCUGCCAAAUUUAACUUUGCUAGUGAUGUGAUAAAUCACUGGGCUGGCAUGGAGAAGGUACCGGAUUGGGCCCUCAGAAGUGGAGAAGGCACUGAUGGAGCACCCGCUGUGGCUGAGACAGCUGUAGUAAGAAGCCCGGAUCCCAUCCGAGGAGAGGUAGUCAAGGCAUUUGUGGCCCUGGCUCCACAGUUUCUGUCCCAUGACCUGGACGAGCUCACCAAGGAGCUGCAGCAGCAUGUGAAGUCAGUGACAGCCCCAUACAAGUACCCAAGGAAGAUGGAGUUUGUCUUGGAUCUGCCCAAGAUUAUCACGGGGAAAAUCCAGCAGGUGAAGCUUCGAGUCAAGGAGUGGAAGAGGUCUGGGCAGAUCGGGGCCCAGUGAUACUUGCAAGGAGCUUUACUUUGGGUCCUGCCCUUCUUCCCCUUUUAUUUCCCUUUGGAUCAUCUGCCUUCCUCUGGGGGAUAUGAGAUUCUUUAUGAUAAGACGUGAUCUGAUUUCUGUCUUUCCUUGAUUAUUAGUUCAAAAUCUUGCCAUGUUAGGAGCUGAAAAAAGAAAAGGAGGGGAGGAAUGAGAGAGAGAGGAAAGGAGAGGUGAACAGAGAAAAAGGAAAAAAAUGAGAGAAAAAUUAAAACAGCAAUAGAAAGAAACUGAGAAAUAAAAAAAGGACGGAGGGAUGGUGAGGUGGAGGCAGGGAGGAAAGGUGGAAAUAAUUAGAGGGAAGAAGAGAAAUAGAAGGAGGAGAAAGGAAGAAAUGAAGGAAGGAAGAAAGGUAGGAAGGGGAAAAAAGAAAAGAAAGAACUCAAUAAAAUAGUAAGAGAAACUGAUAAAGGAAAAUGAUGGAAGACAGGAAGAAUAGGAGAAAGGGAGGAGGGAAGGAAACUUAUAAUUACUCCCACAAGUAGACAGAUAGUGACAAAAUCAUGCAGAAAACUGGAUCUUAGGAAGGAAACAAAAGGCUAUGACACCCCAUCACGCUCCUAGGACAAAACCUCCAUACAGAGAGGUUUGUGGGUGUGAUUGGGAAAUUAGAAUCAUCCACAAGUCACUUCAAAUUUGGGGGCAAUCAUGACCAGAGGAGGGGAAUCACCAUUUACUGAGCAUUUGUCACAAUGCAAGACACUGUCCAUGCAAGGCAUUUCAUAAAUAUUAUCACGUCUUAUCUCUAUGUGGCAUCUACAGACUUCAGAUCAUAGCUGUGAGAACAGUGUAGGCACCUCAAAAAGGUGUC